AUGUGCGGUGUCCUUGUCUUGGCAGCAACUUCUCGGGCGCUCGUAACGUCACUGCAGGCCUCCUCGCACCCGCGCAGCUGGUCGUCAUCUGUCCGCACCCAUGGUGGUGGAAGAAAUAGCGCGAAAGGCAUCUCCUGCCUGAGGACCAGCGCUUUCGGCGGCAGCGAGUUGCCAGCGACGGUGAUGCAGGGGGGGGCGGCGGGAAGGCAGCAGCAGCGGGGCCGCCACUCCGACAGCGGAGUCGGGGGAUUGGAAGCGGCAGUUUCGGACGUUUUCCCAAGGUUCAAAAGGCGAAGGAAGGCCGCCGCCGAAGAGAAAACGCCUCCGUUGUAUCGCAGCGUCAAGACGACGAUGAGACCUCUGAGAUUGCCGGCUUGGCCGGUCCAAAACGGGUUGAUCUACACGGCGCUGGACUUUUUGCGCCUCCGGAAGCUGGCGCUACACCUGGAGGACCUGUGGGGCGGCCGCGUGGGUGUCCUCCAGCCGCCGAACCAAGUGGAGUCCGACCCGUUCAUCAUGCUCGUGCACCACCGACACACGUUCUGGCCCCUGGACCCGUUCCGACCGAUCUCGAAUAUGUUCGUGCCGGAGGGAUUCCCGGCCCACCCGCACCGAGGCUUUCAGACCGUCACGUACGUCAUGAGGGGCGGUAUGGUGCACCGGGACUCGAUGGGGCUGAAGCAGCGCUACGGCGCGAACGCGGUGCAGUGGAUGAGCGCCGGAAGGGGUAUCCUUCAUGAGGAGAUGUGGGACAUCAAGGACAAGUGGGAGAAGGCCGACAUGGAGCUAUACCAGAUCUGGGUGAACCUCCCGAGCUCCCUCAAGAUGACGAGGCCGCGUAUUCAGCUGGCGGGAGAGGGAACGGGGUCUCCCCUCCCGGUGGCGAAGCCUUCCAAGGGAACCGAGGUCAUCGUCGUGGCUGGAGAGUUAUGCAAUGAGACGUCUCCCGUGGAGACCAUGCAGCCCCUGUCGAUGCUGCACGUGAAGAUGGAGGUCGGGGCCGAGCCGUGGGCGCACCACGUGCCCUGGGGCCACCACUGCCUCAUCUACGUGCGGCGCGGGGACCUGACUAUCGUCCCCACCGAGGAGGGCUACUACGAGGGAGACGAGGACCGAGAACCGCAGCUUGUUUCUACCGCUACCGCCGUCUCAUUGGAGGACGACGGCGACUACGCGAGGUUCGAGAACAGGGGGAAAGAAGAUCUCGACUUCAUGCUCAUCGAGGCCGAGCCGACGCGGGAGAGCAUCGCAACGCGGGGCUCGAUGGUGAUGAACACGGAGAAGGAGUGCGACAAGGCUUACAGAGACUUCAGCGAAGGGUUCUUCGGGGUACCGUGGGACAACCGCCUCAACGACGACGAAUGGAGAGAGUUGGAACAAGCCCCCGGCCGGGGGGGGGGGGGGGGUACCCGUGCCCGUGUGUGCCCAGCGUGAUUUUCUCGAGGGCUUCGUUUCCUUUUACAAACCCGGGGGGUUGCAUGUGACUUCAUUUUUUCGCCGUUGGGGCAGGCUUUGUGAAGUUUUGGGGGGGGGGGGGGCGUGAGUGAGACGAGCUGUUGUUGGGUGUGUCGAAGGGAAGCCUGGUUUCUCGAGUGUUCAUGCAAGGGCAUCAUACGGCAACACGGUCGCCUGGGCAUGUGUGCGGCGUGGUUUUACCUCUGUGGGCGGGUACUAUUAUGGUGUUGCACUUUCACAAAUCACGAAUGAAUCAAGUCUUGCCAAAGUGUGGGACGCGCGUGCGUGUAGCAUGGUUUUGACGCGCCAAGUGAGGGCACACGUGUACUGUCUAUUAGAGCUAGCUGCCACGCAGAGAGAAGGAAAGAUGCAACUUGGGGUGCCUGCGUUUUGUGGCAUGUACGGGUGCAGAAGGUAAGAUAGGCAAUCGGGACGUAGAUAUAGGUGGCCAGCUUUCAGUUUUGCUCGGUUCAUUGUGAGUUUCGCGUGGGCGUGCGCACCACUGCUACUUUCUUUGUGUGUGUCUACAUACCUACGUAGUUGUGCACACAGCGGUGAUGCAGCAU